AUGUUUUGGCGCUUUGGAUUUAACAAUCCCUCUGCCAUCGACGGCUUACUAGCCCAGCCAGACACUACACUCGAGCAGAUUCUGACUGAUCAAGACAUCAUCCAGGAAGCAAAAUCGCAAAACCCCAAACUAAUUGAAUUUUUGGCGAAAAAGGACAACUUGUCAGAGCUGAUCGAUUUGUUCUAUGCUCUGGAUAACGGGAAACAGCGAUUGCCUUUAAUUGCUUGCGAAAUACUGGCAUGUGAAAUACCUCGACUGGUGGAUGCAAUCGUGCUUGAUCAUCAAGACUUAUUGUCGAAAUUCUGGGAUUUUUUGAGGAAGCCUUUCUCGAUACAUGCUUCUUAUUCUUUCCAAGCAGCCUAUUUCAGCAAAAUCAUUACCACCUUCCUGACCAAACGAACUACUGAUAUGUUGGGAUUCAUUGAAUCAACUCCGGAAAAUCUGAAGUUGAUACUGGCUAACUUACAAAGCUCGGCCAUUAUGGAUUUACUAUUAAACUUGAUCAGGUUGGAAGAGUUACCAGAAGCAAAAGGCAUAGUGCAGUGGUUAAGCGACAAUGGCCUACUGAUCAACCUGUUGUAUCGGUUGGAUCCGAAUCAAACCACUGACGAACAUUCAACCGCCCAACAAUGUAUUUGCGAGAUUGUCAGAAUGUCACAAACAAGCUUGAUCGAAUCGCCCAGUUUGGGUGUCAACGACAUUAUUACCACUUUAACAAGCAGGGACACAAUGCAAACCAUGGUUGAUUUUAUGUUGGAUACUUCCGCUCCCAACUCAGUCUCCAGCUUGAUCAAUUGCGUUACAAUCAUCAUCGAUAUCAUCCGCCACAACAACAGUGAUCUGGAUCAAGAAACGUCUUUCGCUGUCGUUUUGGGAUAUCAGAACCAAAUAGCACAGCAAUCUGGCGUAUCGCUCAUCAACAUGCUGUCCGUAUUAACAGACAAUAUCGAUAAAUUUGUAGAUCUACUCUUGAAACCCAAUCAAGUCGAUACGCCUCGCACAACCACGCCACUUGGUUUUGAAAGGCUCAAGAUUUGUGAAUUAUUUGCUGAAUUGCUACACUGUUCAAACAUGUCAAGCCUGAAUGUCAUCCAAGGAGACGCAGAUAAAGAGGAAACUAGCCCUACUUGUGGGGAUUUGUUAAAAUUGGCGUUUGUCAAGCAUAAGGUGAUGCCUGUUAGCAUAGAUCUGUUCUUUGAGUUCCCUCUGAACAACUUCUUACAUUAUGUUGUAUACGACUCUUUGCAUCAGAUCUUCAAUGGACAAAUGAACAGAGAGUCAAAUAGACAGCUGGCCUUGUCUAUUUUCAAUGAGGGACACUUGACAGACAAGAUUGUGAAGGCGCAGGAGCAGAACGACAUUGAGUGUGCGAAACCAAAGGGCACACGAUUGGGCUAUAUGGGACAUCUGACAUUUAUUUCAGAUGAGAUUAUCAAGCUUUUCGAAGGCUACCCCGAGAGCAUCAUAUCAGCACUAGACGACUCUAUUGAUUUGGACAAAUGGCAUCAAUACUGCAUGAAGCAGCUAUUAGAAACAAAGGAAAGAGAUAGCUUGCCCUUGGGAGAUGUCAGGGCGAACAACAUGCUUGCUAUUGCAGAUCAUAAUGAUAAUGAUAUCAUUGAUGAUAUUGACGAAGAGUUAAACGCCGAGGAGGCGAUCAGUCAUAGAUUUGGUCAAUUCAAUGCCAUUGAUGAUGACGAGGAAGAGGAAGAAGAAGACAGAGAAGAUCAAUGGGUUAUUGAUAAUAUAGAUAAAUCAGGGAAUCAAAACACCAUUACCAUCAUGAAGUACCAUGCAGAGGAUGACAGCAGUAGCUCUACAGAAGAAAAGGAAGAUGACUAUAGUAGUAGCGAUGACGAAGAUACACAAGUCCAUGUUGCUAGGCGUAAAACACAAUGGUCGGGUGGCGAGUAUGAUCCAUUUUCAACUGCUGGUCAAAAUGAUAAUGAAGCCAAGGCAGACAACGUAGCUGCUGCUAAUGUUGAUAAAGACGAGGACAAUCCAUUUGGUGAUUUUUCAAGUAAUAGUAGCAGCGCUAAUGACAACUCUGACAAAGCAGCAUUACAAUGGCAGGACGGCUUUGCAUCUAAUUUUGCAGACAUGGAUUUAAGCACUGUCAAACUAUCUCAGGAUAAACCCGCAGCUAAAGAGAGCACUGUGAAUGCUUGA